AUGCCUCCGAGAAACUCCGGCUCCGGUUCCGGCUCCGGCGCCGCUACCGCCAAGCUCCGACGGGCACAUCGCAAGUCCCGGAAUGGCUGCUGGGAGUGUAAGAGGCGACAUAUCAAGUGCGAUGAGAAUCGUCCUGCGUGUAGUAACUGCGUCAUCAGUGAGAGAACAUGUUCAUUUCCAGCACCGCCGACUCCAGCAGCGGCACCAACUCCGCCACCGCAGCCAGAGCAGUCUGUAUCUUGUUUCAAUGAACCUCUGAGGACUUCGAGUGCUAGUCAGGUUGAUAGCCCUGCUGAUAGCAUCUCAAGCGCCGGAGCUUCACAUCGGCCUUCCUCAAUACCGCCUCCGUCAUAUCUUGCGCCAAAUUCUGGCUUCUCAUCAAAUUAUGAUGAUGGCGCACAGUCGACUUCUCUACCCUCCUUCACAGAGUCAUUCGCGGCCGCGGACUUAUCCGAAUCACCUCCUUCAAUUUCACUGCCAGACGCUCUUCCUACGCCAACCUUUACCAACAAGCACCUCAUCCUAUUACACCACUUCCGCAAAUCUCUACUAUUCGAUGUUGAAAAGGUCGACAUCAUCAUGGACCUAGCCCUCGAUUGGUCAUCAGAAGCUCCUUACGCCAUAGACCAACUCCUCGCUAUAUCAGCGGAUCACCUCGCCAUGACGCACCCUGAAAGCGCAACUUCAUGGCGACGGACUGCUACAGAGCUACAGACUCGAGCUCUCACACACUUUAACAGGGACAGCCAAGACACAACCAAUCACGAGUCUCGCUUCGUUCCUCGUUUUCUAUUCUCGUCCUUGCUAAGCUUGCAUAUGCUGUACGACACACUCACACAGUAUCGAGCCACCUUUCACGUCUUUAUAGAAAGAUUCUGUAACUCUGUUUGCCUUCACCGCGGCGUGAAAUCAACUUCCUCGCCAGGCUAUCAGACUCUUAUCAAGUCUCCUUUAGCGCCAUUCUUUCUCGGUGUCAGAGACGCAGCAGAGCUCGGUGAUAAGGGUGAUGAGUGUGCUCCUCUCAUAACUCUCAUCGAAAACUCUGAUUUGAGUCCAUCAGCUGUGGAAGCCUGUAGCACAGCCGCUCAUACAUUACAAUGGGCUUUCAAUGUUCACAGGAAUUUGCCAAAGAGCGUAAACGUACAAGCUGCCUCGGCAUUUCCGGUUGUGUUGAGCGAUAAUUACAUAGAGCCUGUUCGAAAGCACCGACCAGAGGCAUUGCUCGUCUUGGCUUAUUACGGUGUUCUUCUCCACCGAUGUCGACAUGUCUGGCUGUUCGGCGAUUCAGGCGCGUUUCUGAUACAUUUGAUUGCGGACCAUCUUGGAAGCUAUUGGAAAGAUGCUUUGCGAUGGCCACUUGAAGAGUUGGAAAGAGAUCAAGGAUGA